CGAAAAUGUGAGUGAAGAAGAAUGAAAAGAAGAAAAGGGCGUGUUUUUGAUCGCGUGAUCCUGAGUUGUCAGAUAGAUAUUUCGGGCGAAAACAUUGUCGAGGUAAAGGCUACUUCCUUUAGAGAAUUAUAGGUUUGAACUCGCCUUAAAGAAACGGAGACAUGGAUGCCCGGUUCGGUUUCAUAUUGGGUUUGUGCCUGAUGAUGGGGCUCACCUGUGCGACUUCCGUCAAAUUUGUGGAUUGUGGCUCUUCCUCUGGAAAAGUGGCCAUGGUGGACAUCAACCCUUGCACUGCCCAGCCAUGCCAGCUUCACAGGGGAGAUUCCUAUACUGUCAAUGUGACUUUUAAUAGUGAUGUUGAAAGCCAGACGAGCACAGCAGUGGUUCACGGGAUUAUUGCCGGCGUUCCCAUUCCAUUUCCCAUUCCUGAACCAGAUGGCUGUAAAUCUGGAAUCCAGUGUCCUAUCCAUAAGGGUCAGGCAUACAAUUAUGCAACUCAACUUCCAGUCAAGUCGGAGUAUCCUCCAAUUAAACUGGUUGUGGAGUGGGAACUGAAAGACGACAACAAAAAUGACUUAUUCUGCAUCCGAUUCCCAGUUCAGAUUGUGUAAUGACACCACAUUGUGACAUGACACCCCCCCCCCAGGGCGUCUUCAUAAAGGGAUUACAUCAUUACAAAAUUUAAGGAAUGCCAGUGAUUGAAGCAAGGCCUCCUUUAAUUCCUUUUGUUAAAUUUACUUUUAACAUGUCCUUCACUAGUUUGCAUGACCGCUACUGCACACACACCCUUUACCUUCAAAAUAAAAGCAAGCCUUUUUUUUUUUUCUUGCUGUGAUCAAAUGGUCAAUUUUAAGAGUUUUGAAUGACCCUAAAUCCACAUCCCACUAAAAAUGGAAAUCUUACAUGGCUGCUGUGUAGUCAGGAAAUGGUAUAUUCUAUACUUUUCUUUACUAUAAACUUUUGUAAUACUUGUUACUGACUAGUACUAUGUCACUUGUAAAAUUUGAGAAUGAAAUUGAAGUUCUAAUAAAGACAAAAUUUCAACCCA